AUGAGUUGGAAUUUGAAGGUUCGUGUUAUUAGAUUAUGGCACAUUCCAGACUGUGAGAAAGUAGAAAAUUCUAAUUCAGCUGAAUUAAUUAUUCAAGAUGAAAAGGGAGAUCGAAUUCAUGCAACUAUUGGAAGAGCUGUUAUGCGUAUUUUCAAAACAAAAAUACAUGAAAUGAGAUUGUACGUUAUGAAAAACUUUGUAGUUGGACCAAACAAUCUGAAAAUUAAGACCAGCAAGCAUAAAUUGAAACUGACAUUUGCUCAUAGGACGAGUGUGGAUGAAAUUAGUGAUCCACAGUUUAGUUUGAAUAUCUUCAACUUUAAGCCUUAUGAGCAUCUCAAAAAUCAACUUGAGAUUGAUGAGAAUGAACUUUCGGCCUUUUCCCCAGUUGGACUGGGGGAGAAAAAAACCGUGAGGGCGAGGCCCAAAACGGACAAUAUAUGCACAGUGUGGGCCGGGUCGUUACAUCAAACAACUUCUCAUCGUAGUUAUUCUGUUUCUGAAGAACCGGCUGUUGGAAAUGUGGAAGUUAAAAAUAUUGGAGAAUUAAUUGAUUUCAUGCAGGAAGGGCAAAUCUGGACUGUUGCUAAUGUAGUAAAUUUAGAACUUGAAAAGGGAUGGUCACAUGUAGGGUGCAAAAAAUGUUCAAAGAAAGUUGAUAAAACUGGAAAUAAAUUUUACUGCAAGAAAUGUGAACGUGUUGAUCAGUCUGCUUUGAAAAGGCUUCAGGUUCGAGUAAUUGAUGGAACUGGCUCUAUUUGUUUGUUGCUUUGGGAUCGUGAGGAAACAAAAGAUGUUGAAAAGUCUGCUGAUACCUUGAAAGAAGGUGUACUAGAGUGGCCUACUGGGCAUAGCAGCAUGGUUGAUACGGAGACUUUGGUGAGAUACACUUCUCAAGGUGACCCGCAGCCAGCAGAAUCUCUUUCAGUUAUCU